GAACUGCUCGCAGCACCAGUCGUGUAGCAGCAGUUGUACGGGUAUCAACGUUAGAUCCUCGAGUUAUUUUUUUUCAUUCACCCUAUAAGGUGAAUAAAGCAUCGCAACGAGGAGAUCUUACGAUAGCGAACGGAGAUCAUCGUCAUCGAGGAUGGUCAAGAUGGAACAUGAUGACGGAAAAAACGAGCCCGAGCACGUGCGGAAAUUAUUCAUCGGGGGCUUGGACUACCGCACCACCGACGACUCGUUGAAGAAGCACUUCGAGCAGUGGGGUGACAUCGUGGACGUCGUCGUCAUGAAGGACCCUAAGACCAAGCGUUCGCGUGGCUUCGGCUUCAUUACUUAUUCGCGCGCCCACAUGGUCGACGACGCCCAGGCGGCCAGACCGCACCGCGUCGACGGCCGAGUGGUCGAGCCGAAGCGCGCCGUGCCCCGCCAGGAGAUCGGCCGCCCCGAGGCCGGUGCCACGGUCAAGAAACUCUUCGUCGGCGGUCUCAAGGACGACCACGAGGAGGAAGAUCUGCGCAUGUACUUCCAGGGAUUCGGCAACAUCAACUCAGUCAGUAUUGUCACGGACAAGGAGACGGGCAAGAAGCGUGGCUUCGGUUUCGUCGAGUUCGAUGAUUACGACCCCGUUGACAAGAUCUGCCUGCAACGCAACCACUCGAUCCGCGGCAAGCACGUCGACGUCAAGAAGGCCCUGAGUCGCGCCGAGAUGGCCUCUGCAAGCAGCGGCUCUGGUGGUGGCGGUGGCUCCGGAGGUCGUGGCGGCUCCGGUGGUGGUUCCGGUGGUGGCUCCGGCGGUGGCGGUGGCGGCCGCGGAGGACCCCGGGGCAGCAACCAGGGCGGCGGCGGCAACUGGGGUGGUCGCUCCGGUGGUGGCGGCGGCGGCGGAGAUUGGAAUCAGGGCGGUGGUGGCGGUGGCUACAGCGGUGGCGGUGGUGGCGGUGGCGGUGGCGGCAACCAGUCCUGGGGUAACUCCGGACCCUGGGAGAGCCAAAACCAAAGCGGCCCAUGGGGCGGUAACCAAGGUAGCGGCAACAACGGCGGCUACAACAGCGGUGGCGGCGGUGGUGGCGGCAACUGGGGUAAUGACAACUUCAGUGGCGGCUAUCAGCAAGGCUACGGAGGUGGCCCAAUCAGAAAUAACUUCAACUCUGGUGGCAGACCAACUCCAUACGGAGGAAGCGGUGGUGGCGGAGGCGGAGGCGGUGGAGGCUACGGAGGUAGCGGUGGCGGUGGCUACGGCGGUGGUAUGGGAGGCGGUAUGGGUGGUGGUGGCGGUGGCAGAAGGUACUAAAUCUCUUCCGCCCGUCAUCCCCAUGACCAGUCUCCCUCGACUUGCAUACGGUGAUCCCACUCUACUUCUUGCCUUCUAAUCGCAUACCAGUACUUUGGUACUGAAUUAGUGUUGGAGCAGGCAGGCAGGCUAUAAAAAUCAGGCUAGCAGGAUUGAAUGAAAAAAGGGAACAGUGAAUUAAGGCAUUAAGCAAAUGAAUUUGCAAAAGAUGCAGGAAUAUUAAGAAUAUUCAGGGAAUAAGAAUCAAAAUAUCCUUGCAGGCAGGACAAUCAGGCUACAAGAAGAGAUUGCUAAACUGUACAUACACAUAGAAUGCAAGUCAGGGAGUCAUAAGCCCUCUUAAAUAUAGUUUUAAAAUAAAUUUUUUUUUCAAUGAAAAAAAAGCAAAACAAAAAAAACCGAGAGUGCACCAAAAGAAUAUGUCAUUUGUUUUACAAGUCAACGUGUAGUAUACGUCGCGCAAUAUUCAAUUCAAUUUAUUAAUCAAUUUGAAUGAGUUAGUUACAUCUCACUCAUAAUCGUCUUCAGAUUACUUUAGCACAUCCAAUUAUAAAUGACCAUUUAAUUAUCACCUAUGUAAGCGCGUUGACCCAAUAACUUCAACAUUAACUGAUAAACUAGUAUGCAAACAUUUUUGUAAUACUACAUUGGAGUAAACUAAUGUAACAAAAAUUUCAUCCAAACUUCUCUUAAAUGCGCAUGUUAUAUAAAUUAAUAUAUGAGAACAUAUAUGUUGAUUUAAUUUGUUCAUCUGUAUUUUUGUAUUUUUAAUGAACUAUGGACAAACUUUUCCACUCAAUUUUUUUAGAUAAUGGAUUGAAAUUAUCCACAAUAGAAUUUGAUAGUGUGUAAUGUUUAAGUUAUAUAAUAGGAUGAAGACAACUUUGAAGCAGAAUUCGAAGCUUAGGUAUAUCAAAAUGUGCUAGCAUGUGUAGGUUGCCUAUUGCUUAGAUCAAUAAGCACGUAAACCAUGUCGAAUCAAACUACUUUUAUAAUUUGUAAAUGUCUUCAAAACAGUUAGUGAAAUAAACGGAAUCAAUAACUUUUUUUAAUGUUCAUUAAUUUUCUUAUUAAUCAUUUGAUAGUUUAGUUACUAGGAAUGCUGUCAUUUGAAAUUUGGUUGAAUUAUAUAUGUACGCAAGGAGAAAUCUAAUAAUUUGUAACAGUAUUAAUUAAUUAUUGUAAAUAUAUAAUAUUCAUAUACAAA